CUCUCUCUCUCUCCAGAAAGCCAAACCUACUACUGGCCUGACGGAGCACUCACUUUCUAUAAACCCUCAAGUCUCCGAUUCCCCUUCUCUGCUAAACCUACGCACCCUUCCUAAACGUGUACCCCAAACCCCAUCCCACCGAUGUUCGCUCCCAAGAAACCCCACGUCGCGAUCUUCGCAUUCCCCUUCGGGACCCACGCCGCCCCUCUCCUCUCCCUCUCCCGCCGGCUCGCCGCUAACGCCGCAAACGCCAGCUUCUCCUUCUUCAGCACCCCCAAAUCCAACGGCUCUCUUUCAUCGAUCUUCGCCGCAUCCGCCCCCCUCCCCAAUCUCAAGAUCUACGACGUCUCUGAUGGUGUGCCUGAGGGCUACGUUCCUCUCGGUAAGCCGCAGGAGGACAUCGAGCUAUUCCUGAAGGCGACGCCUGGUAAUUUCAAAGAGGCGUUGGAGACUGUGGUGAAGGAGAUGGGGGAGGUUACCUGCGUGCUUACCGAUUCGUUUCUGUGGUUCUCGGGAGAUAUGGCGGAGGAGAGUGGCGUGCCGUGGGUGACGUUCUGGACAAGCGGGGCUUGUAGUAUCGCGGCGCAUUUUUAUACGGAGCUCUUCCGGCGCAAGUUAGGGACAGGAACUGAUGUCCUGGCGACGCGGCGAGACGAGCCACUGGACUUCGUCCCGGGCUUCUCCGGGCUGCGAGUGUGCGACCUGCCGGAAGGAAUCGUCUUCGGCAACCUGGAUUCCCUCUUCUCGCGCCUCCUCCACCGCAUGGCCGAGGAGUCGGCACGUGCGACGGCCGUGGCCAUCAACACCUUCGACGGCCUGGAUUCCACCAUCCUGACCGAUCUAAAGUCUAAGUUCCGCAGCUGCCUCGCGAUGGGCCCGCUCUCCCUCAUGUCCCCGCUCCCGCAAGAGACCGACGCUCACGCCUGCCUCGCGUGGCUCGACCGCUUCGCCCACAAACCUGCCUCCGUGGCGUACGUUAGCUUCGGCACGGUGAUGACGCCCCCGCCCGCCGAGCUGGCGGCCCUGGCCGAAGGUCUGGAGGAGAGUGGGGCCCCCUUCCUGUGGUCCCUGAGAGAGAAGGCGAGGGAGGGAUUGCCAGCUGGAUUCCAGGAGCGGACGGCCGGGAGGGGCCUCUUCGUGUCGUGGGCCCCGCAGACGAUGGUACUGGGCCACGUGGCGUUGGGGGCGUUCGUGACGCACUGCGGGUGGAACUCGGUGUUGGAAAGCAUCACGGCCGGGGUGCCGAUGAUCUGCCGUCCGUUCUUCGGGGACCAGAGGCUGAACGCCCGGAUGGUGUCGCACGUGUGGCGGAUCGGGGUGGAGGCGGAGGGCCGGUUGCUGACGAGGGACGGUGUGGUGGGGUCCAUGGAGCUGGUGCUUAGGAAGGAUGAAGGGAGGGGAAUGAGAGAGAGAGCUUGCGCGCUGAGAGACAUGGCCAAGGAAGCAGUUGGAAACGGCGGGAGUUCUGUCGAUAGUUUUAGUAAGCUUUUGGGAAUAGUUGUCUCUAGGCGUUAAAAGGUUUUUUCUUUUCUGAAGAGAUGUAAAUUAGGUUUUUCGCCACUUUCAUUAGAAAUUAGGAGUCGGAGAUGUUUGAAUUUUACACCAUAUGCCUAUGUGUAAAUGGUUAAGACUGUGGUACUCUUCA